UGCACAUAAGAUCUCGAUCACCCUUCGUGACCAAGCUGGCUCAACCGGCAAUGUCGUAGAGACCAAGAAGAUCGCCCUGGACCAGAAGACUCCUCUUCUUGUGGCCCUGGAACUGAAAUCUACUCUCUACCUCAGGGGUUGGGACUACCGCCAUUGGGACGAGGUGCUGAAAUUAUUGGCCGAGGCAACCAUUGUGCACCACAGAAACAAUGUGGAAAUUAAAGCUGAACGGCAACCUUCUGCAAUGAUUCAGAAGAAUUGGGCGGCGGUCUUUGCGAGUGAAAAGCACGAGACAAUCGAAGUGUGGGCAGAGGACAAGAGCAUUACCGUUCUAAAGCUCCUUCUCGCUGGUGCAUCGAAGAUUCUGAAGCUUAACAUUGAGCAUCCGGACGCGCAUCACUCGAAUAGGCUAGACAUCAAGGAAGCAUCGUUCAAUGUUACAAAUGCCAUCGUGGAGUUUCUCUACACUGGCAUGGUUGACACAGCGAUUCUGGAGCAAAGAGGCCUUGAUCUACUGUCUGCAGCUCACAAGUAUGGAAUCAAGAGCUUAAAGUGGGUUUGCGAGGAUUCAGUUCAAGCUACAGAGAAUAACUGGAUCAAGCUUCUAUCCGCCGCCAUCGAGUGCGACUCCAACAUGCUAACUUUUAAGUGUGCCGAGUCGAUAAAAGGAGUCAUGGAUGAACGACAUGAGAAACACAUCGACAUCAAGAAAAACUUCUCAGACAUCAACGACGCCCCUCAUCAGCUCUUCGGCCGCCAUUAAACCCCCUGAACCACCUUGAUCUUCAUUCAAACCAGGAAUAGUGUUGUUGAGUGUAAAGUCAUUCACAAGUCACACGCGAUCUUCUUCAUUGCUGUAAAGAACCUACAGCUCCUUGUGUGUGUAGUUUCUUUACUGACACCAUUUGUAAGUUGAGCGAACUUCUACUUCCUUUAGAUUUUGUUUUCACGGAAUUGAAUUCCAUGGAUCAAUUUUCUCACUGCUAUUUUCCCACUCUUGUCCACUCACAGGAGUUGGGAAUGUGUGAGCAUAGAUUACUGCCAUAACCUAACAAUUAAAGCUUUCAACACUCUGUGAAUCAUCUCA